AUGGCCAACAAUGCCAUUGUCGACAAGGCCGUCUACAAAGCCACCACUGGUCUCUUCCGUUUCGGCGAUCCGGUUGCCGGCGGCGUCAACCAGUGCAUAAAUGGAGACUGCUCUCUGCCUAGCGAGACUCUUGUCGUCAACAGCGGCUGCCAGUCUGCCGUUUCUUUCUUCACCGUUGAUUACGAUGCCCCCAGCCCCAAGCAGUGCGGCAACACCACGGAUGUCUUGACUCUUGUCCCCCCCUGCUGCCAAUCUCUGGAAUUCGACUAA